GGGACUAACCGUUCUGUUGGUGGGAUCCUCCCACAUCGUUUUCAAACGUAGCUUCCCAAGUCCCCUCUAGGUCUGUUCGUCUACACAGGAGCUCCGGGGUGCCGCAGAGCUCGCUGUCCCUUGUCGGGAGUCCUGUCACAGGCUCGCAAGCAACAGUCCUAAGGAGGACCAGGGGGAAACCAGGCCAAGAUGACCACCUCCAGGCUCAUUCCCAAGUGGAAUGAGUUUUUGAUGCUUGUGAAUGACAUCAUUCAAGAAAACAAGAAAUCCUCAGCGGAGGAACAGAAGGACGUUAUCGUGCUGAGUGACCGAUCCCAAGUACUGUACAAAGAAUCUCGAUAUCCUCUCACUAUGCCGAUCAUAUGCUAUUACUUCGUCGAUGCUCACUUCUUUGCCUCCCUCUCCUGGGCGUCAUCCAACAUAAAAGAAACCCUGGCUGUAGUGUGGGUGAAGAGCAAAACUGAGGACAUGGUUGAAAAGAGAACAUUCCCCAUGUUGGAGCGACUGCGGCCUAUCCAGGCAAUGGUGCACACAGGCCCCUUUCAUCUCAUUGUGGCCUACUGUGGUGACAUGGUCUUGAGGCUCUUUGGGGACCAUUUUAGGUCAUUCAGACCCCUGGGUACCGUGCCCUGCCGCUUUGAUAUCAACUGCCUCUGCUUCGAUCCAGAAACAAAGAUGCUCCUGUCCGGCAUCCAGGGGGCAGUGGUCACUUGGAUCAUUGAUCCAAGUGGCAAGGGCCUUCACUUGAUUCAAAUAUCUCCCAUCUCUGGCGAGGAGAUGAUCCAAAACAUCUCCCUGGAUGGCCCCAAUGGCUGCCUCAUAGCCCUGUGUGAAACUACACUGAGAGUCCUGGAACGCCAGGGCCAGGGUCAACUGGUAGAGUCCCAGAAGUUCAUAGCCAUUAACUGUGGAGCUCCGAUCACCUGCUGCUUCACUAGCCUUGAGGACAGCCUUCUCUACGCCGGCAACAAGGCUGGGGAGAUCUAUGUAUGGAGUCUCAUGCAAAGUCAGUCUCCCCACAGUUUCCGGGCCCAUCCCUCGUUAGUGGUGUGUAUACAGAGCCGGUCCGAGGCCCACACCCUGCUGACGGCUGGCAAGGAAGGCGUAAUCAAGGAGUGGAACCUCACUUCAGGGAACUUGCUCCGGCACCUGGAACUUGGCGAAGAGCUCUAUAACCUCAAGUUUAUCGACAACACUACUUUCUUCUGCCAGACAACGCACCAUUUUUCCUUACGCUGUCUACCUGGCUUCUACAGUCUCUUCAAUAUCUGCGGCUCCGUUCCCCAGCAGUUACGUCGAGUCCGCUAUCGGGACAGCUGCUUCCGGAUCCUGUGCGUCACCGAGGAUGGCCUGUUGCGCUUCGUGUCUCCUGUAACGGGGGAUCUUCUGCUUGUCAUUUGGCCCUUCUCAGUCCUUGACCAUGCUGUGGACUGGGCCUAUGAUCCGGGGAAAGAGGAGCUUUUUGUAGCGAUAGGCACCACGGAGGUGCUAGUGUUUGACACAACCCGCAAUCCUUGCCCAGUCAAGUAUCUCUUGUGCACCUCACCGGAUGCUCAGGACUAUGUUCAUUGCCUGGCUUUCGGGAAUUUCCAUUUGGGGCGGGGGCUGGAAGGACUGAUAUUCUCUGGGCAUCAGAGCGGUAUGAUCAGAGUGCUUUCCCAGCACAGCUGCGCCAGAAUUGAGAAAAGUGUUCACUUUGGGGCCGUGCUGGCUCUGUCAGUAUUCUAUAGGGGGUUUUUGGCUACCCGGGACAACUCUUUGGUCUGUUCCUACGGGGUAGAUGACUACAUCCAUUUGUCAGAAGCCGUGUUGACCGGGACCAGAUUGCAACUUAGGUCCCUCGCUUGCAUUCUCAGCAGCCGCCCACUAAAGCACCUGAUCCUCCUACCGAGGGCCGUAAGUGCCAUUACGGACACCAACUGCCUACGGCUCUGGAAGUUCCACGAUUUUAUAUCCUUUGGGUCAAGGCAAGGCACCAAAGUCAUAGAGACGUUGCCUCUGCACCAGUGCGCCAUCACCUCCUUCGAUGUCUGCUUGGCCUUGAGUAUUUUUGUCACAGGCGGUUCUGAUGGCUCCGUCCGCAUCUGGGAUUUCCAUGGUAGACUUAUAGCCAUGCUGGACUCGUCCUUGCACUUUGGCCCACUCUGCUUUGCCAAUGACCGGGCUGACCUACUUGUGACUUUCAACCAGAGUAUUUACCUGGUGUCCUGUCUGCAACUGUUACCCGUAACCUUACUCUCUCGCCUUGCCCUUCUGAGCAUAACAGAUGACAUGGUAGAAAUGCCCAAACCUUUCCUGCCAAGCUUCUUCUUCUCUUUUGAGACCUUAUUUGUGCCUAAAUAUAGCUACCAAGGUCAACGGAGACAGGACCUAGAAGGCCUGGUACACCUUCCCAAUAAGCGAGCUAUUGCCUUUGAUCAUAAGGUGCCACAUGUCAUAGAAGAAGAAGAAGACGGCAGCACUGUGCUACUGGCCGCUCCCCGUUCCGUUCCUCUGGAGGAAAGUAAGUUGCUGCCUGGGAUGGACAAGCAACCCCAAACUCACUACGUGGUUCCUCCCCAGCUGCGGUUGACCGCCUGGGACGGACUGAACCCCUAUGAGAUCCUGCGGUGCUACUUCGGACAUGGGAAGAAAUGGCUCCUUGCCCCGGAUUGCUACAUCCCUAACUCAGUGAUCCGCGCCCGUCUUUGGCCAGAGGGCAGCCCAAUAUUCCUCAAGUGCAGCCUGCACCCACCCCAGCGGACUCUGGAGUGGGAAAAGGAUCAGCCAUUCUUCUUCUGGCAGAGCAGGAUAAGAGCUACGAGCGAAGCGGGCCAAAUCCCACCCAAAGAGGAUGAAGAAUUCCUGGAAACGAGACUCACCAAGGACGUCACCUACAGCAUCCUCACGGAUGCAACGAACCGCAGCUGGCUGGGGAAGAAGAUGAGCGAAGUGGCCAUCAGCAGCCUGAUUGAGGCAAUCCUAAGCAUCAUGGCCCAUGCCAACCCGCUGAAGUACCAGUGCAGCGUCGGCGCGUUGGGACAGAUCUUCGCCUCUUACCAGGUGUCUCCACCUCUGCGCUCCGAGACCGCACACCGUCUGCUGGACGACACUACCCAUCCCAACCCGCUCAUCCGAGAACUGGCCUGGGAGGGGCUGAAGCGCCUGGGCAUGAUCACUCGUCUCUUUGCCUUGCCCCUGGCCCAGGGACUGAUGGACAAGGACCAAAGAGUGAGGACCAAGGCCCUGAACCUAAUGUCCGAUACCGGAGUCCAUUCCAAGAGCUCACUCUUAACCCUGAUCCAGAAACCAGGCCUCUUCCAGGAGUUGCAGCAAGAGAUGAUUGGGGAGGAGUCCCUGGACCAUCUUCUGGGGAUCCGGCCCAUAGACAUUCAAACCCUCACUACUCAAAUAGAGCUUCGAUUAAGUGAUAACCUGUCAAUAUUUAAAGGAGAUAAGGUUGAUUUUUCUUUGGAUGUCCCAGGGUUUUUUACACCUAGUCAGACCAUCUCCUUGCUCCUACUUCCCCCAGCACCUCAAAUACUUGAACUCAAGUCCACCAAAAGCCAAAGACGGAUCCGGUCAGCGGGCAGAAAACGGGCCCGGAAAAUAUUGCGAGGCCUCAGAAAGUUGAAAGAGGCAGCUAGACAACAGAAACAGGAGGAACUAAGUGACCACGGUGAGGCAGAAGCAGUCGAGUCAGACCUCAAAAUAACCUACUCCAGGUCUUCAACUGAUAGCCUACUGAAGAGCCCCAGAGAGCCUGAGAUCUCAGAGAAAGAUAUCCUGAAGGAACACAUUUCUGUAGCCAUGAGACUGAGGAAAAGGCUUCACCCAAGAACCACAGACAAAAAAGACAAGAAAGCUCACAAACAACGCAAGCACAGGAAGAAGAAGAAAGAUGUUGCUCCAGAGGAAAUCUUGCCUCCUGAAGUGGAUGAGUCUCUUCUUCCUCCUCUAGAAUCACCUCCACCACCAUCAGCGAGGAAGAGAAUUCAUAAAAUGUCUCAGCGGGGUGUCGGGGGAAUACCAGGUAGGGUUCUCCCUCCGGACAGUGAAUGGCGGGAUGAUCUCUGUCGGCUCACAAACCUGAGGAUAGCUGAUAACCAACCAUGGAUGGUGGAUGAUCUAAGCGCUGAGCUAGUGGCUACUGCUACUGAGGUGCUGGUAGAUAAAUAUCCGAGCUGGGAACUCUUUGUGGACAUGUGCCCCUUACUGGAGAGAGAAACGGGAGCUGAGGCUGAGGUGGAGGCAGAGGCGGGGGCAGGGGCAGAAGCGGGGGCUGAAGCUGAGGCUGAGGCUGAGGCUGAGGCUGAGGCUGAGGCUGAGGCUGAGGCGGAGGCGGAGGCUGAGGCUGAGGCUGAGGCUGAGGCUGAGGCUGAGGUUGGGGAAGAAGCCCCGCAAGAGGGAAAACCAGUUGUUAUUGGUGAAGAGGCAACUAAAGAGGGUGUGGAAGUUACAGGUCAGGAAGAGAGGCCAGAGGCUGGAGGGGAAAGACUAGAAAAAGGACAGAAACCACAGGAAGUGGAGCAAGUGCCCUUCAAAAAGGACCAAAAGAAGGAAGUUGCUUUCUUAGAACCAGAGGAUAUAGUGAAAGAGAAGGAGAAACACAGGAAGGGAAAGAAAGCUAAGGAGGAAGAAAUGAAAGAAGAUGAAAGAAUAGAGGAGACUGUCUUCACCGAAAAGCUGGCUGUGACCCCGAAAUCAGAGGAAAUGGCUGAAGGGGGAGCAGAAGGAGGAGAAGGAAGAAGAAGAAAAGGAAGAGCAUGGGAAGAGGAGGAGGAAGAAGCAGAGAAGUGGGAGGAGAAGGAGAAGGAGGAGGAGGAGAAGAAGAAGGAGGAGAAGGAGGUGGAAGAGGAGGAGGAGGAGGUGGAAGAGGAGGAGGAGGAGGAGAAGGUGGAGGAGGAGGAGGAGAAGGAGGAGAAGGAGGAGAAGGAGGAGAAAAAGAAAAAGGAAGAGGAGGAGGAGAAAAAGAAAAAGGAAGAGGAGGAGGAGAAGAAAAAGAAAAAGGAAGAGGAGGAGAAGAAAAAGAAAAAGGAAGAGGAGGAGAAGAAAAAGAAAAAGGAAGAGGAGGAGAAGAAAAAGAAAAAGGAAGAGGAGAAGAAAAAGAAAAAGGAAGAGGAGGAGAAGAAAAAGAAAAAGGAAGAGGAGGAGAAGAAAAAGAAAAAGGAAGAGGAGGAGAAGAAAAAGAAAAAGGAAGAGGAGGAGGAGAAGAAAAAGAAGAAAAAGGAAGGGGAGGAGCAAAUGAUUGAACUAAAAGAAACAAUAAAAGACAUGGCUGAGAGAAAGCUGUCUUGGCAAGAGUGGAAGAGGUCUUGGGAUGAAUGGCAGAGAGCCCAGACUCAGAGGACAGUGCUUUGGGAAGACUGGAAGAAAGAAAGUGAUGAGAAGUAUUUCAAAGAAGAGAAGAGACUCCAGGCUGAAGGGAAGCUGCCACCAAGUGAAGAAGUAGUAGAGGAUCAGGAGAAAAAGAAGCUAACAUGGGAUGAGUGGAAAGACGUCUGGGAAAACAUCAUCUCAAAGACCCAAACUGAGAGAGAAGUGGAUCUGGGAGAAAUGCCAUCCAAGGAAGAGGAGGAAGAGGAGGAAGAGGAGGAAGAGGAGGAAGAGGAAGAGAUAGAGGAAGAGGAAGAGAUAGAGGAAGAAGAAGCAGAAGGCAGAAAGGCUCUUAGUAGAGAGAGGAGACAGAUCCAAGAGGCACAGAGACAGGCCAGGGCAGAGUGGAAACAAGCCCGAGCUGUGCGGCAACGAGCCAAAGAAAGGAGGUCGCUCGCAAAGGAAGAGGAGAAACUCGCCCAGGAAGAGAAAAAGCUAGCCCAGGAGGAGAGAAAACUGGCCCAGGAAUAUGUGAAAAUGGUUACCAAGGGUGGAAAACGGGCCCACAUAGAGAUGACCCUCGGCGAGAAAGAGAACUUUCUGGGCCAACAAGAGGAAAUCCUAAGCCAGGAAGCAGAGCUACUGGCCCAGAAAAAAAAGAAACUGGCCAGAAAGCUGGAGAGAGCGGCUCACGAAGAAGAAAGAAUCGCAAAGAAAAUAGAUAAAGUAGGGGAGGUGAAGGCAGUGUUGGCCCAGAAAAUAGAAGCCAUGUUGGAAAAGGAGAAGAGUCUAGAGUUGGAGGAAGAGGAGUUGAAAGAGGAAGCCAAGAACCUGGAGUGGGACAGGAGGGAGCUAGCUCUGAAAGAAGAUGAACUGUAUGAGGAUGUGGAAAAACUGGCGGAGAAGAGUGAGGAGCUGGCUAAGGAGGAGGAGAGGCUGGCCUUGUAUGAGAAGUAUCUGUCCUUGGAGGAGAUGCUGGCCCAGGAGGAGGAGGAGCAGUUGGAGGAAGAGAACAGACUGGCCUGGGAGAAAGGCAAAACACCUGAAGAACUGAAGAUACUGCAGGAAAGGGAGGAGAAACUGAGGGAGAAGAAACAGAGACAGGCCCAGGAGAAGGAGAGAUUGGCCCAGAGAAAGAAAGAACUCAAAGAAAAGAAGGCAAGAGUCGCUGAGAUGGAAAAAAGUCUGGACCAGGAGAAGCACUUGCUGUCUCUGGACAGAGGAAGGCUGGCCAAAAGGGAAAAGGCUCUCCACGAUCAGGAGACAAAGCUCCUUAAGGGGAAGGAACAAUUAGAGGACAUAAAAGGCAAACUGGAGUCGUACAGGGAGAAGCUGAUUAACUUGAGCAAGAAGCUGGACAGAGAGAUGGAUGCCUUCAUGGUAAAGAGAGAGAAGCUGGCUGACACAGAGAAGAAAGUGGAGCAGGCAGAUAUGCUUCUGGCAGAGAAGCGAGGGAGGCUGUCUGAGGAAAAAGUAAAGUUAGCCCAUGAGAUCACGAAAAUAAUCCAGAAGAGCCAACCCAUCAGAGAAGAGCCGGAGAUUAUUAAAGAUGGGGAGAAGCUGACCUACGAAAUGGAAAGGGUGGCCAAGGAGAAGGAGGAGCUGGUGGAAGAGUCAGCACAGUCCCCCACGAGAGACAUCCAGAAAGCCAUCUUAAGGAGAGGGAGGCUGGCCACCCAUGAGAUAGAUCUAAUGAGGAAGAAAGUGUCCUUGGAGGAGAAGAUUCUCGCGUAUGAAGACAGACUGCUGGCCACAGAGGAAAAGAACGCUGCCAGAGAGAGUCUGGAGCUUACCAGAGAACAGAGGAUACAUGCCCACGAGGAAAGGAAACUAGCCAAAGCCUCCAGGAAACUGGGCAGACAGAAGGGCAUUUCCAAGGAGCUUGCAGAGACUAGAAAAUCCUUAAAGGCACUUCAAAACCUAGCCAACAAAGAAAGGAAACUGGCCCAGAAAGAAGCCAAGAUGACAAAGAUAAACCGGUCACUGUUAAUUAAGGAGGCCAGGCUAAGUGCGGAGGAAGAGAGACUCAAUGCUAAGGAGUUGGAGGCCGGAGAAGAACAACCAGAGAUAAUCAUGGAGGAGAGGAGGCUAGCUAAGAUGCAAAGAUGGCUGGCCAGGCAAAUGAGAAGGCUGAGAACCCAAGAGCAGAAAGUGGCUAAGGAAGAAGGGGAACUUGACUGGGAGUCAAUGAAGGUCUCAGAGGAGGAAGAGGAAGAGGAGGAGGAGGAGGAAGGGGAGGGGAAGAAGAGGGACCUUGAGGUAGAGGAGGAAGCUCUAUCCUUUAAAAGAUCGAGGAUUCGGAGAAAAGCCUUCGUGGGUCUUCUUCCUGGGACAGAAAAGUUUUACAACCUUUUAAAACAGGUGAAACGCGAAGAGACCAUUUCUCAGGACAUGGAUAGCCUGCUGUUUGAGGUAGAAGAAGAAAGUUCUGAGUCUGAGGAAGAAAGGGAGGAGGCUGAGGAAGAAGCUGAGGUGGAGGCUAAGGCGGAGGAAGAGGAGGAGGAAGAGGAGGAGGGCGAGGAGACAGAGGAGGAGGGAGAGGAGACAGAGGAGGAGGGAGAGGAAGAGGAGGAGGAGGAGUGGAAAGAGAAGAAAGGACAAGUGGAGGAAGAGGAAAGGGAGAAGAAAGAUGAGGAGCUAGAGGAAUGGGAAGGAGAAAAAGAACUGGAGGAGAUAAAAAAGAUAAAAAAGAAGAAAAGAAAGGUUAGAAGGGAGAAGGAGGGAGGGAAGGAACAGAAAGAGGAGAAAGAACAAGUGGAGGAAAAGGAAAGGGAGAAGAAAGAUGAGGAGCUAGAGGAAUGGGAAGGAGAAAAAGAACUGGAGGAGAUAGAAAAGAUAAAAAAGAAGAAGAAAAGAAAGGUUAGAAGGGAGGAGGAGGGAGGGAAGGAACAGAAAGAGGAGAAAGAACAAGUGAAGGAAAAGGAAAGGGAGAAGAAAGAUGAGGAGCUAGAGGAAUGGGAAGGAGAAAAAGAACUGGAGGAGAUAGAAAAGAUAAAAAAGAAGAAGAAAAGAAAGGUUAGAAGGGAGGAGGAGGGAGGGGAGGAACAGAAAGAACAAGUAGAGGAAAGGGAGAAGAAAGAUGAGGAGCUAGAGGAAUGGGAAGGAGAAAAAGAACUGGAGGAGAUAGAAAAGAUAAAAAAGAAGAAGAAAAGAAAGGUUAGAAGGGAGGAGGAGGGAGGAGAGGAACAGAAAGAGGAGAAAGAACAAGUGGAGGAAAAGGAAAGGGAGAAGAAAGAUGAGGAGCUAGAGGAAUGGGAAGGAGAAAAAGAACUGGAGGAGAUAGAAAAGAUAAAAAAGAAGAAGAAAAGAAAGGUUAGAAGGGAGGAGGAGGGAGGGAAGGAACAGAAAGAGGAGAAAGAACAAGUGGAGGAAAAGGAAAGGGAGAAGAAAGAUGAGGAGCUAGAGGAAUGGGAAGGAGAAAAAGAACUGGAGGAGAUAGAAAAGAUAAAAAAGAAGAAGAAAAGAAAGGUUGGAAGGGAGGAGGAGGGAGGGAAGGAACAGAAAGAGGAGAAAGAACAAGUAGAGGAAGAGAAAAGGGAGAAGAAAGAUGAGGAGCUAGAGGAAUGGGAAGGAGAAAAAGAACUGGAGGAGAUAGAAAAGAUAAAAAAGAAGAAGAAAAGAAAGGUUAGAAGGGAGGAGGAGGAAGGGAAGGAACAGAAAGAGGAGAAAGAACAAGUGGAGGAAAAGGAAAGGGAGAAGAAAGAUGAGGAGCUAGAGGAAUGGGAAGGAGAAAAAGAACUGGAGGAGAUAGAAAAGAUAAAAAAGAAGAAGAAAAGAAAGGUUGGAAGGGAGGAGGAGGGAGGGAAGGAACAGAAAGAGGAGAAAGAACAAGUGGAGGAAAAGGAAAGGGAGAAGAAAGAUGAGGAGCUAGAGGAAUGGGAAGGAGAAAAAGAACUGGAGGAGAUAGAAAAGAUAAAAAAGAAGAAGAAAAGAAAGGUUAGAAGGGAGGAGGAGGGAGGGGAGGAACAGAAAGAGGAGAAAGAACAAGUGGAGAAAAAGGAAAGGGAGAAGAAAGAUGAGGAGCUAGAGGAAUGGGAAGGAGAAAAAGAACUGGAGGAGAUAGAAAAGAUAAAAAAGAAGAAGAAAAGAAAGGUUAGAAGGGAGGAGGAGGGAGGGGAGGAACAGAAAGAGGAGAAAGAACAAGUGGAGGAAGAGGAAAGGGAGAAGAAAGGGAAAGAGAAAGAAAAAGAGAAAAGGGGGAUAGAAAAAGAAAAGAAAAAGGUGGAAAAGGAGGUGCGUGAAGAGGAGGAAGAGGAAAAGGAGGAAGAGACUGAAGAAAGCUCAAGUGAGGAGGAGAAGACGAAAAGUGUGACCCACGUAGAAGAGAAAAAGGAGAAACACUUAUGGGAAGAAGAGAGGAGAGAAAAAAGAGAAAAGCCAAAGGUACAGGUAGAAAGAAAGAAGGUCCUACCAAGACGGGAAGUGUUCCCUCAAGAAAUCCCUGUGCUCAGAGGAAGCUCUAUGAGACUGGAAGCCCUGAGCAGACCUUUUGAGAAAUUGACCCCAGUAUCCAAGGAGCCGGAAAGUAAGGAGCCAGAAGCAAAACAGAUACCCAGGAAAGAAGAUGCCACAGUGAAGGAGAUACCCACAGUGAAGCCCUUGAUAUCCCUGAAGGCAAAGGUGCUGGAUAAAGAGAGGGAGCUGAUGGAGAAAUAUAAACUGGAACCCCUACGCCUUCUGGAGGUGAUCUCAGAGUAUGAAAGGGCAGGCUUGGCCACGCCAUUCACGUCUCGAUUAGUUAGAAAAGCCUUGGAAGCCCACAGGCCCCAACUCAAAACGAAGUUGGUUUUGCAGGAUCACCCUUCCCUGGCAGGACAACCGAUCGGGCAGUUGCAUCUCCCAGAGAUCUUGGCAGAGGAACCAUACUCAGAGAUAGGGGUAUCGGACAUAGAGUGGCUGCAUGGGGUCUUGAAGCAGAUGGAGGCAGGAGAAGAACUUCCCAGAUACAGUUUCCACAGACUGUGCCAGCUCCUCAAAGACUUCACCAAAACGGAAGAACUGCAGUGGGUGCACCUGGCGGUACUUGAAGCCAUCGUGCACCGUCACAAGCAGACUGUGGAUUCAGAAUCUUCAAAGCCUUGCAGAGAACCUAUGAGCCCCAAACACCUGAAAGUGAUUCCUCCCAUAAAGGGAAGGGAACAGGAUGAAUGGCUGGAACCUUCCGCGGUUCCCGUACCAGAGUCAUUAGCUACCAAAAGGGUUACAGACCCGAAGCGUAUACACUGGCGUCUUCUAGGGGAGCCGUACAGAGGUGCUCGGCUGCAGCAGUUAUCCAACGCCCUCGACGAAAUGAAGACACAGUAUCUCGAUCCUACCACCAGAGACAUUUUGACCGAUGCUCGUUCUUCCGUAAACGAGCAGACCCUGGCACUGAUGUUUCAAAAGGACUUUGGGGACCUUAAAAGUAAAAGCAGGUAUCCCAAACUGCCCAAGUUGGAGAAAAAGCCGAUCUCCAAAAAAAAGGAAGAGGUGCCCCCGUGGGAGACAUUUGUGGCGCUCUACCAUGUUUUGCGCAUGCUACAACAGCGGUACGCCACAGACAGGGCUGCUUGGAUGGAAAAGUUUUACCAGCUCAUGGACCUGUACCAGAUUAAGUCUCCUGGAAUCCAGAGGCUACUGCUGGACCUGCUAGUGACUGAAGAGCCCCAAUACCAAGAGUUUGUCCCCAAAGAGACUGCGAAGGCCGAGGAGCUGGUGCCCGGGGAGCGGCUACUGUACUGCGUGGUUUGCGGUAGCUCCCACACCCCACAUGUCCCUCCGGGGUUCCGGGAAGUCAUACCCCUCCCCGAAAAGAAUAAUGUGCAUACCCUCAGCCCCAAAGGCAUUACCAAGUACGGAAUCCUCGAACUUGCCUGGAAGAGUCUGCCCCAAGCUGAUAUUCACCUCAUCAGGAAAGAGUCCCACAUCACUGUCCCCACUCCCUAG